AAUUCUUUUUCAAAAUCAAAGAAAUAUCAUGUAUCAUAUUUACAUAUCAAUGGUGAAGAAGAGUUUCACACCAUUUUUCAGUACAUUGAGUGCAUACUCUAAGCUAUCCCACCUUUAUUCUUGGUUAUCAAAAUCUAAACCACAUUGGCAGAUUCUCAUUCUCAAUACUUUAUCCCAAUGAAACAUGUUUAAUCCCAUAAAAAUUCUUUCUAAUAAAAAAUACCCAUAAAAAUGAAAUGACAGAAAUACCCCUUCGCCCACAGACUUUUGGUUCAGGAAUUGACCCAAAUACCCAUGUAGCGAAGCUACCAAGAAGCUGGCUACGUGGACUUUUCUGGUACUAUGAAAAAAUACCGGUCGCUUAGGUUAGUUAUAUUAAAAUACUCUGUACCAAAAAGCCAUCAGAACAAUCAUCCAUUUUCAUGGCCAAAGUCAUCGAUGAAGCCACCGGAAAGAUGACGCAAAUCUGCCGGAAAAUAGUUCAGGGCAACAUCAGGCGGAGUUUACUCGAAAGGGUGUCGAUUUUUCGAAGGUUUUUCCGUUUCAUUUGGGAUAAAAUCCUCGUUUGCUCCGUGGGAAAGCCUGUUCACUACAGGAAGUUGACCCGCCACCCUAGUUCUUCUCCGGCGAUGGAAGCGGAGGAGGCCGGUUACCUACCUGAGGAACUCACCGCGACAUGUAGUGGGUAUGAUACAGAUUCCGAUUUGGUCACUUUGAAAAUUAGUUUAUUGGGGGACUGUCAAAUUGGGAAAACAAGCUUUGUGAUUAAGUAUGUUGGGGAUGAGCAAGAAAAAGGCUUACAGAUGACAGGAUUAAAUUUAGUCAACAAAACAUCACUCGUUCAAGGUGCUCGAAUUUCCUUCAGCAUAUGGGAUGUAGGAGGCGACAGCAGCUCGGUUGAUCAUAUUCCUAUUGCUUGUAAAGAUGCAGUGGCAAUUUUGUUUAUGUUUGAUCUUACUAGCCGAUGCACCCUCAAUAGUGUUGUUGGGUGGUAUACUCAAGCAAGAAGGUGGAAUCAGGUAUCAAAAAUGACGGCAAUUCCAAUUCUAAUAGGGACCAAAUUCGAUGAUUUUGUUAGAUUACCCCCGGAUUUGCAGUGGACUAUUGUUACUCAGGUAUGAAAUUUUCUGUCUUUGGUACUCUACUACUUAUGCAUCAUUUAGUUAGAUAUGCAAGAACAUUACCGGCUCUUUUGGUCCUUCUGGAAGCAAGCAGAAUUCUUGCUGUCUCUUUUUGUCAUUAGAAGCAAGAAAAUGACACCAAAUUGCUGCCCAAAAAAUGGAAUUAAUGUGUCUGAUACGGUGGGUUAAGGCAUUUAAAAUUUUCCUUAACAGCGACCUUAGCGUGUGGAAAUUAACAAUGUUCCUCCAGGAGUAACUCAGGGUCGUCCUAUGUCAAUUUCUAGAUAGUUUGACAUUUGCGACACCUCAGAACUUACAUUCUUUGUCUUUCCGCGUUUGAAGAUAAGUUUAAGGGACCACAUGCCGAUUAAAGUUGCAUUUAGUGCUGUAGAAGUAUAAUUAUUUUAGACAAAGAAACUUUUCUUCAUACAGCACAGAAUAUACUCAGUUAGCCUUUUUAACCUUCUUGAUUUCAGGCAAGAGCAUACGCAAGGGCAAUGAAGGCAACCCUUUUCUUCUCGAGUGCAACACAUAACAUAAAUGUGAACAAGAUCUUCAAAUUCAUCACGGCCAAGCUCUUUAACUUGCCCUGGACCAUAGAGAGAAACCUGACCAUAGGAGAGCCUAUUAUCGACUUCUGAACUCUGUUCUUUGAUUACUGAUCUUUCUGUACAUAACUGAAAGGAUAACAUAAAGAAGAAAAAGAGAUCUCAGAAAAGAAAAAUGUUCAGUGCUGGGAAAUUGACCCCAUUGAUAACUGUUAUCACUAUUUUUUUUUUCUUGAAUUUUUUUUCCUUGUUACAAUUAUUUAUACCGAAUGAGAAAUAGUACUAAUAAAUUAGAUAUUUGAUC